AUGUGGCACAAAGCCAUGUUCGUUGUCAUGGCGGUGGCCUUGAUGCUCUCUGCGAGCGUCAAUGUCGUCGCUGCUACAGGCUCCAUUGCAGACCUCAACACAGUUGGGGUUUCCACUGAGGACACUUUCAGCAACGGUCUCUCCAAACGCAACUUUGCCCUUGGUCCUCAUCUUGCUCCCAGGGACUUCCCUCACGACAACCCCCUUAACAUCACCGAAGAGGAGGCCCUCAAGCAUGGCCACAAGAUCAUCCCCGUCAACAAAGAGAUGUGGGCUCACCUCAUCAAGACCGCCGGCCUCGAUCGCGAGUACGAGCCCAUCGAAUACGACCCUGAGCAGCACAACGAAUCCCUCUCCAGCAUCGACAAGCGACAACCGAAAUGCGGCACAAACUACGACCUCGAGAAGGAACCUCCUGACCCUCAGAACUGGUGCACUCCGAGCCCAAUCGUCGGCGACUGCCAGCUCGGUCUCUGGUGCCAGGCCGACUGGCCGGGCUGGGCGCAGUGGCCUAGCCGCGGCUGGGUCUUCAACAACGCCUGCGACCACAUUGGAGAGAAUGUGCCCUUCCAAUGGGAUGACUGGCAGCCGAUCUGCAGUCCUCUUCCCUACGUCACUCUCUUCUUUGCUCCCGGAUGGGAGAUCUACUAUCCCGGAGAGCCGGAUGGCGGUCCUUUCCCGGCUAGCUACUACUAUCACCGGACUUUUGACUGCUCUAUGAAGCCAAAGAAUUGA